AUGGAGAAGCAAGGAUGCUUAUUGAAAUACUUCCAAAAUCAAGCAUUAGAAAAUCCCUCAUUUUUCUAUGAUGUGCAAUUGGAUAGUGAUGAACAAAUAACCAAUAUAUUUUGGGCCGAUGUUGGGAUGAUAGUUGAUUAUGGUUUAUUUGGUGAUGUUGUGAGUUUUGACACUACAUAUAAAACCAGUGAAGCCAAUCGUCCAUUUGGAGUAUUUGUGGGAUUUAAUCAUCAUCGUGAGACUGUAAUCUUUGGGGCAGCAUUGAUGUAUGAUGAGACUUCUGAUUCCUUUACAUGGUUAUUUGAGACAUUUUUGGAGGCAAUGUCCAACAAGGCUCCAAAGUCUAUCUUUACUGAUCAGGAUGCUGCAAUGGCUAAAGCUUGUGCAAAUGUGAUGCCUAACACAUAUCACAUGCUUUGCACAUGGCAUAUAAUGAACAAUGCCAUUAAAAAUGCAAGCAGUAUAUUUAAGGGUGAUGAUCAGGUCAUUGCCUUUUUAUCAACAUGUAUGAAGAACUAUGAAGAAGAGGAUGAGUUCCUGCAUGCAUGGGAAGAAAUGCUCAACACAUAUAAUGCACAUGGAAAUCCUUGGUUGAGUAGUAUAUUUCGGUUAAAGGAGAAAUGGGCAAAACCAUAUGUCAAUUGGGCAUGGUCUGCUGGAAUGCAUAACACACAACUAAGUGAGAGUUUCAAUGCUAGCCUAAAAUCAUAUGUGAAGUCAGACUAUGAUGUGGUUGAGUUUUUCAAGCACUUCGAUAGAUUGCUCAACGAUAAGUGGUAUAAAGAGUUAGAGGCAGAGUAUGCUUUGUGCUACAAGUUACCUAGUGUUGCCAUAUUUACAUCAAUGGUGAUCAAGGCUGGAAAUACUUACACUAAAGCUAUAUUUGAUGAAUUCCAAAUUCAGUAUGAGAAGUCUCUUGAUUACAAUUUAGUUGGAUGUAUUCAAGAUGGUGAUGACAUUGUGUUUAAAGUUGCCUUUAAUGGUCAUCCAAAGGAGAGAUGUGUUAGGGUGAAGAAAGACAAUACAAUAUCAUGUAGUUGCAGGUUGUUUGAGAUUGAAGGUAUUUUGUGCCGGCAUGAAAUAAAAAAUCCUUACUAA